GAAGCUUGGAGGAAAGGAGUUCAGGGAUGAUGGUGUUGAACGCUGAGCUGAAGUCCACGAACAGGAUCCUCGCGUAGGUCCCUGCACUGUCGAGGUGUUCUAGGAUGAAGUGCAGUCCCAUGUUGACUGAUUCAUCCGCAGACCUGUUCGCUCUGUAGGCAAACUGCAGGGGGUCCAGCAGGGGACCUGUGACACUCUUGAGGUGGUCCAGCACAAGACGUUCAAAGGACUUCAUGACCACAGAUGUCAAAGCGACAGGCCUGUAGUCAUUCAGACCCGAGAUUGCAGGUUUCUUGGGGACUGGGAUGAUGGUGGAGCGUUUGAAGCAGGAUGGAACUUUACACAUUUCCAGUGAUCUGUUGAAGAUCUGAGUGAAGACUGGCGCGAGCUGGUCCGCGCAGACUUUGAGGCAGGAUGGAGACACGUGGUCCGGGCCUGCCGCUUUGUUAAUCUUUUGUUGUUUGAAGAUGCGUCUCACAUCCUGUUCAUGGAUGGUUAACGCAGAGGUCAGAGGUGUGAUUGUGGUCGCGGGUGCGGCCGGAUUGGUGUGUGGUGUGAAACUGUCCUUUUCAAAUCUGCAGUAGAAGGUAUUCAAGUCGUUGGCUAGUGUGCUAUUGUUCUCAGCUUGGGGGGAUCGUCGCUUGUAAUUAGUCAGCGACUGGAAUGCAUGCCAGACUGAUUUAGAGUCGUUUGCGCUAAACUGUUUUUCCAACUUUGCUGUAUAGAUCCUCUUUGCAAUGUUAAUUUCUUUGGUCAGCUGGUUUCUAGCUCGAUUAUACAGGGCCCUGUCCCCGCUCUGAUAUGCGUCCUCCUUAGCUUGGCGAAGCUGCUUAAGUUUAGCAGUGAACCACGGCUUAUUGUUGUUGAAUGUGCGAAAUGAUUUUGUUGGAACACAGACCUCUUCACAGAAACUGAUAUAGGAUGUGACAGUGUCCGUAUAUUCAUCCAGGCUGCCAGCUGAAUUUUCAAAGACACUCCAGUCUGUGCAGUCUAAGCAGCUUUGAAGUUCCAUCUUGGCUUCAUUUGUCCACUUUUUGACUGUUUUCACUGUAGGCUUCGCACAUUUAAGUUCUUGCCUGUACGUCGGUAUUAAGUGAAUUAAGCAGUGAUCAGACGAGCCCAGGGCUGCACGAGGUAUAGCACGGUAUGCGUUUUUUACCGUGGUGUAGCAGUGGUCUAAAGUAUUAUUUUCCCUGGUAGGACAGUCGAUGUGCUGCUUGUAUUUAGGGAGUUCGUGGUUGAGUUUAGCUUUGUUAAAGUCCCCGAGAAUAAUGAGGGGUGAGUCGGGGUGUUUUUUUUCAAUUUCGUUGACUUGAUCGGCGAGCGUUAGCAAUGCGGCGUUCGUGUUAGCUUGAGGCGGAAUAUAGACGCCAACGAGAAUGAAUGAUGCGAACUCACGUGGCGAGUAGAAUGGUUUACAAUUUAAGAAUAGCGACUCCAAAUGCGGGCUGCAGUGUGUGCUGAUCACCGUGACGUCCGUACACCAUUUUUCGUUGAUAUAGAGGCAUAUCCCGCCGCCCUUUGUUUUCCCCGAUGAUUCCAUGUCGCGGUCCGCUCGAUGAAUGUGGAAACCGGGAAGCAUAAUGCCGGCAUCGGGUACAGCGUCGCAAAGCCAGGUCUCCGUGAAGCACAUGGCCGCGGAACGUCCGAAGUCUUUACGGGUCUUUAACAGAAGAUGAAGCUCGUCCAUUUUGUUGGGUAGGGAGCGUACGUUCGCGAGGUGGAUCGACGGGAACGCCAAUCUGUGUCCUCUCUUGCGGAGUUUCACCUGAAUGCCGGCUCGCUUCCCUCUGUGGCGCCGCGUCCGUCUCCAUGCGCCGAAAACCGCGGACGCCGCUCCGGUGAGUAACUCUGGGAAAAAACUGAGCGGAUAUUCGAAAGUUGGUGACAGAAAGUCUGGAGUAGACUCCUUGAUGGUUAGCAGGUCUCCCCUUGUGUAAGUGAGUCGUGUAAGGUCUCCAAAGACGGACGAAAAACACAAAAACAAAGACAAUACUAGAGAGCGCGUUACCGAGGCGACCACACUGGUAGGCGCCAUCUUGCCGACUGUUAAAUUUCCCUCGGGUCCCUUCAAAGGUUGGUUGGUUCAUAAAGUACCAUGCACUCCGUUUUAUUUGAGACCACAAUAGAUUUUUUAACAUUAACGUUUUUUUGUUUUUUUAAAAUACAUUUUGUCUCUUUCAGGAGCGCCUUUCGAAUCUCUGUCCAUGGUCCUGAAUGCGUUUCCCGUUUCCCUGCUGACUGUUGAGCAUUUUCUCAUCACUUAUCUCUUGUUAGAAAGCAUUCAUUUACAUUUCUCUGGGAAUCGUUUUCCAUCGUUUACAUUUGUUGUAUAUACUUUCAUAUUUUAUUUUAGUAUCUCAAAAAGUACGUUCACAGAACAGUCCAAUUUGAUCAAUGAAUGCUCAUGCAAAAGGCAAGUCCCAAAGGUGUGUGGUCAGGUUGGUUCUUUUUUGGUGUUAUGUCAAGAAAAGUACUCUAGGUGUCAGUAUGCACUCACAAACCAAAUGUAUUGGCACUCCCUCUCACUUCCGUGGACGCACAAAGCCGAUUUUUAUUGUGCCGCUCUGCUCGAGACGUGUGACACGACUGCGGUCGAAAAAGCGGCGGAAGUCCGUGGACAUCAUAUUCAUAUUCUAGUUUAUCUUGAAAAACUGAGAUUUUUAUUUUACGGCGCAAUGGAGGACAAAAGAUUUGCGUCUUUCCGCCGCGGCCUCGUUUUUCUUUUCCUUUUCCUCCACCCCGCCAACGGAGACGUCAGCUACUCCAUCCCAGAGGAGAUGAAACGUGGAUCUGCAAUCGGGAAUAUCGCCAAGGAUUUGGGACUCAAUUUGGGCCAGUUAUCUGCUCGUAAAGCGCGCAUCGAUGGGGAAGACGACAACGUCCAACACUGCGGCAUCAACCUCAACACUGGCGACUUGGUUGUUCAGGAAAGGAUCGACAGGGAAGAUCUUUGUGGCAAAAAGGCAUCGUGUGUUUUAAAGCAGGAACUUGUACUGGAAAACCCAAUGGAACUGCACCGUGUUAAUAUCCGUGUAUUAGAUGUCAAUGACAAUACACCACAAUUUAACGAUGACUCGCUAAAAUUAGAAAUUCAGGAGUCGGCAGACAAGGGGGAGCGUUUUCUUCUCGGAGAAGCACACGAUGCAGACAUUGGAGAAAAUGCUGUUCAAAGCUACACUUUGCAGCAGAAUGAUCAUUUUAAGUUAAAUGUCAAUACUAAACCAGGUGGACGAAAGUCCUGUGAAUUGGUCUUAGACAAGGAAUUGGACAGAGAAGAUAAAAAAGACAUGAUGCUCUUGCUGACUGCUUAUGAUGGCGGCUCCCCGCAGAGAUCAGGAACAGUCGUCAUAAACGUCAUCGUGCUGGAUGCGAAUGAUAAUCCACCUGUGUUCAGUCAAACGGUCUAUAAGGCCACUAUACCUGAAAACUCUCCACCAGAUACUUUGGUGAUCACAGUGAGCGCGAGUGAUGCAGACGAAGGAUUAAAUAGCGAAAUCGCUUUCGCAUUUGACCGCACUUCUGAUGGUAGAAGUAAUGUCUUUACUUUACACCCCAAGACAGGAGAAGUGAGAGUGGCCGGUGUCGUUGAUUAUGAGAAAGUAUCGUCUUACGAGAUGCAAAUCAGCGCUAAAGAUGGUCUUGGCUUAGUUUCUUAUUCAACUUUAAUCAUUGACCUAACUGAUGUGAAUGACAACGCCCCAGUUAUCACGAUCAAGUCGCUGACCGAUGCGGUGGCGGAGAACGUGCCGCCUGGCACCGAGGUGGGCAUCGUUCACGUGCAGGACAGAGACUCUGAGCAGAACGGGCAGGUCCGCUGCUCCGUCCAACAAGACGUCCCCUUCCGCUUAGUUCCUUCCAUCAAGAACUAUUAUUCUCUGGUGACUAGCGGCCAGCUGGACCGCGAACUGGUGUCCGAUUACAACAUUACAAUCGGCGCCAGCGACGAGGGCUCUCCUCCUCUGUCCUCCCGGAAAAGUCUUCACCUGUCCGUCGCCGACGUCAACGACAACCCGCCCGCGUUCGAGCGGGAGUCCUACAGCGCCUACGUGAGCGAAAACAACAAAGCCGGCUCGGCUUUGUGUCGGGUCGGCGCUCGAGACCCCGACCGGAGACAGAACGGCACGGUGGUUUAUUCUCUGUCGGCGGGCGCGCAGGUGAACGGCGCCCCGGCGUCCUCCUACGUGUCGGUGGACGGAGACACGGGGGCCGUCCGCGCCGCUUGCUCGUUGGAUUACGAAGACCUGAGGAGUUUUCGAGUCCACGUGGUGGCCAGAGACAAGGGUUCUCCUCCGCUGAGCAGCAACGUGAGCGUCAGCGUGUGGAUAUGGGACGUGAAUGACAACUCUCCUCAGAUACUGUACCCCGCCCCGGAGGGCGACUCCUUCAUGACCGAGCUGGUCCCCAAAGCUGCGCACGGAGGCUCCGUGGUGUCCAAAGUGAUAGCGGUGGACGCCGACUCCGGACAGAACGCCCGGCUGUCCUAUCAUAUCGUCAAGGCCACGGAUCCGGGACUUUUCACCAUCGGUCUCCACAGUGGAGAGAUCAGGACCCGGCGGGACAUUGGCCAAUCUGACAGCAUGAAACAGAACCUGAUGGUGGCGGUGAAAGAUAACGGACAGCCCCCUCUGUCCGCCACCUGCUCCGUGUAUUUACUCCUUUCCGAUAACUUGGCCGAGGUGCCGGAACUGAAGGACGUUUCUUCCGACGAGCGGGAGAAGAAUUCCAAAGUCACCUCGUAUCUGCUGGUGGCGCUGGUGUCCGUGUCCACCUUCUUUCUGACCUUCAUGGUGGCGGUCCUGGCUGGGAGCUUUUGUCGCAGGAGAAAGCCCAGACUGUUGUUGGACGGAGCGGUCGCCGUCCCCGGCGCGUAUCUCCCUCCUAAUUACGCCGAUGUCGACGGCGCGGGAACUUUACGCGGCGCCUACGACUACGACGCCUACUUGACGACGGGCUCCAGGACCAGCGACUUCAACUUUGUGCGUUCUUACGACGACGACACGCUGCCCGCGAAGAGUCCCGGCGACUUCGAUGACGAGCUUCGCGAUUCUUUCGACCCUCUUGAGGUAGGCAGCUUUCACAGAUAA